AUGGUUUUUAAUAAUGCUUACUUAUUACAUUAUAGUUAGACUAUAAAUAUAUAUAUUUCUUUUUUAAACAUACCAAUUGACUAUUUGACCCCAAAGUAAGCUCUGUAAGGCUUGUGUUAUGGGAUACUAGGGUAACGGACAGAAUACACAUACUGUAUAUAUAUAUAUAUUAUAAAACAUAUUAAACAUCCAUGACUGGAGUACAAAUACUCGUAUUCAUCACACAAACAUCUGCCCCCACCGGGUUUGAACCCGAGACCUCUCGAGUCGGCGACACCACGAAACCCGGCGUACAAACCGGCCACGGAGGUCGUCAAGUAUACAAAGACGUCACGUCAUUUUUCCCGUACUGUAACCACUCGUCAAUCGUCAUGCGCGUGAGCAUACGCAACGAGGAUAACUCGACAACACGCUUCGAUUCUUUCUCAGAACACCGCCGACCGCUAAGACGGCAACGACAUGGCUCCACAAGACCAAAUAACAAAAAAAAGUGUCAUGUGUUAAUAUUGUGCUCCAAAAAUUGAAAAUAUGAAGCUGUUACUAAUGUGCUCGGCGAUCUUCGCCGUCAUAUGCAAGGCGAGCGGACAAUCCUGCAGCCCACCUUCCGGGGGCAGUGGCAACUGUGUCGUCGUCCAGAACUGUAAACCCCUACUGCAGCUGGUGAACAAGCCCAACAGGUCUCCGGCAGACUUCGAUGUACUGAAGAAAUCUGCCUGCGGUUUUGAAGGAUCUUCCCCCAAGGUAUGUUGUCCAGCACAAACUAGUUCCUGUUUUACGCCCAGCGGAGAGGAAGGGAACUGUGUGGGCCUUUACUCCUGCCCACACGUAGCGGCAAUGCUGCAACCACCAGUGUCCAAGGAGGACAUGCAGUUCGUUCGAAGAUCAGCGUGUGAAGGACCCGAGAAGUACAGUGUUUGCUGCGGCAGCGGCAAUCCGCAACAGCCAGUGGAAAAGGGCAACUGCGCAGCCAGAGUCUCGGCCACCCUACCGGACCCAAGGACUGAUUGCUGCGGCAUUGACGCCGGCUCGACCAAUAAAAUCAUUGGUGGAACGGCGACCACCAUCGACCAGUACCCUUGGUUGGCUCUAAUCGAGUAUGAAAAGGACCAACAGGUCAGACUGCUCUGUGGCGGUGCUCUGAUCAGCGGUAAAUACGUCUUGACCGCUGCCCAUUGCCUCGUCGGUGGAGUUCUAGAAUUAGGCACACCGAGCAACGUUCGUCUCGGUGAAUACGAUACCAAAAACAGUGGGCAAGACUGUGUAGCCGUAGAAGGUGGAGCUACGGACUGCGCCGAUCCGGUAGUCAUACUGCCCAUCGAGAGGACCAUAACCCAUCAGCAGUACAGCCCUGAAUCCAGACACAAUGACAUUGGACUCAUCAGGCUGGCCCAACUGGCUCCAUAUACUGAUUUCAUCAGACCGAUCUGUCUUCCGACAUCAGACUUGACAAAUUCCCCGCCUCCAAUCUUCAAACUAUACGCCGCCGGCUAUGGGGCCAUCAACGCCACACACUCCAAAAGUACAGUCAAACUUCACGUCGAUUUGCCUUACGUCAAUCAGAAUGAAUGCCAAGUGGCGUACAAUCAAUCGCGUCGCAAGGCGGCCUUAUGGCAGGGCCAGAUUUGCGCCGGCGGGGAGAAGGACAAGGACUCCUGCAGGGGUGACUCCGGAGGUCCUCUCAUGUACGAGAACGGCAGGACUUGGGAGUCGAUCGGCAUUAUCAGUUUCGGUCCUACUCCUUGCGGCAUUGAGGACACACCGGGAGUCUACACUAAAACCUACGAGUACAUCAGUUGGAUCCGUAGCAACAUCAAGAAUUAAGACAAUUAAGAUCAGCAUCGAUAUGUUUAAUUGAAACCUCGACUUUGCGUUGUAUCUCUCUUAGCUAAAUUAAAUGACUUAAAAAAUAUUUCUUUCCAAUAUUUUAUGAGACUAUGAUAUCAACGGUCAUUAUGUUAAUGAUUUUUUAAUUAUUCCAGAUAGGUACUCACCAUUUCUUAAACAUUUAAAUAGGUAUAUAUAUCUAUGAUAUCUUAAUUCAAGGUAUCAUCAACGAUUUUCCUGAUAACUUCGAAUACACCACUCUUUUUCUAAGAUAAUUUUGUUUUUGUAAGAAAGACCGAAAUUGUAAAUGCUAUUUGUUAAUAUUGAAAGCAGUUCAUGGCCAUAAUAAUGUUCUUGCAAUAUGAUGAUAUUCAAUUAUAUUGCCUAAUUUAAAAAAAAAAAUUGUAAUUUAAAGUGAUGCUCAAGAAUUUAGACGGGCGAAAAAAUAUCGGUAUAUUAUAUUUAUUAGUUCGAUAAACAAUUGUAUUUUUUUUUAACAUUAGACUUAAUUAAUUAUAUUUGAGCAUAUAAUUGUUUUAAACAAAUUCUGUGCCGGAAGUGGGUUUAAGAAACAAUGCGUACCUCAGGCACCAGUGCUCCUCCCAUUUAAUAUGUACAUUUUUAACUAUGGUGUGCUUGCAUAAAGGUACUAAAUGCAACCAUUCCAAAAUAAUAUUAAAAGUAAAAUAAAAUUAAAAUAUAAUAGCCAACUGUUUAGUGUGAAUAAGAGUGCACGUGCCUGUGUGAUUAUGAGGGGGUGUGUGUGUGAUAAUCAUAGACAAUAAAACUUAUUUACUUACUUUAAUUCAAGCAAAUACAUAUUAAUUAUAUUAUAUUCAAUAUAAUUAUUAAAUUCGA